AUGCUAAAGCCCACACUCUCUUCUACCAUCCCACUGAUGCUCCUGGCAAACACAGUCUGGGCCGACUGUUUGCACCGCAGCUUCACUGCCUGCGAUGACCGCAUAGUCCAUUGGUUCGAUCCUUCCAAUGGCGAAGUGUGCGAUUUGCUCGACUGUGGAGGUGGCCGAGGACCGGUCAAAACAGAUGUCCCCGGAUGCCCUGCAUACAAGGGCACGGAAGUAUAUGUUUCCACCAAAUCGACGCUCUCUUGCUGGACUCCCUCGGCUUCUCUGGCCACGACCAGCGCUACAGUGACCUCCGCGGGACAUACCACCGACGCAGCCUCCGUCAAGGGAACUGAUAAUGGCCCUGCUUCAUCCACCACAGCAUCUGUGGCUUCGUCUACGCAACCAAGCGCCGAAAGGACUGCCGCGCCGGCGACUACCGAGCCUCCUAGCCGUUCCACGAGCGCUCAGAAGUCUGGGGAUGCGUCUAGCACAAUUGAUGGUGGCGCCCAAGAAACUACGACAGAUACAAAUGGCAGCAGUGCUCUGGGGGGUUCUCUCAUUGCUGUUGCGGGAGCGGUGGUUGGUGUCAUUGCUCUGGUUUAG